UCCCAAAUUGAAUCGCUAUAUUUGGUUUUAUUUUCUCGGACAAUAACACACUAACAUCAUUAGCAGUACAAUAUUAUGUCGGAAGUUUAAUGUUACUCUUUUAGAUUGUGUCUGACUUGACAGUGGUGCGUCUGGUGCACAUAAUUACUACGUCACAUCCGGUGAGUGGGGUCUUUUUUUGUUUUCCCGUAUCCGCCAUUUCAGUUUUUGAAGUUAGUUGUCAUCAGUCGCUGGAUUGUAGCUGGAAUUCUGUCUCUAAAGCGCACUAUAUGAUAAUUGGGGCUUAAUUGCGGCCACAAACCAAACAAGAAUCCUUUUUAAUUCGUAGUUGUGGUUGUAUAUCGGCGAAUUGAUGUCCAAACGGCCGGCUGCGGAUGUCGCCUGUUUACUAAACGUGCUCUAGGCGCUAAAGUUUUUGUAUGAGUUGAAGGCUUCUCUGGUGGAUAACGGGAGGGAGAGAAGGGAAGGCCCGGUGAAGCCUCGGCUUUGGAGUGGUUAUCAUGGCCGGAAAUUUUGACGCAGAGGACCGUGGCAGCUGGUACUGGGGUCGGUUGAGCAGGCAGGAGGCUGUGUCUCUGUUGCAGGGGCAGAGGCACGGCGUGUUUCUGGUCCGGGACUCCAUCACCAGCCCCGGCGACUACGUGCUCUCGGUAUCAGAAAACUCCAAAGUCUCGCAUUACAUAAUUAACAGCAUCAGCAACAACCGACAAUCCGGUCCAGGUUUGGCCCAUCCAAGGUUCCGCAUUGGUGACCAGGAGUUCGAGGCUCUCCCUGCUUUGCUAGAGUUUUACAAAAUCCACUACUUGGACACCACCACCUUAAUAGAACCCAUCAACAAGUCCAAACACACGUCCUUCAUCAGCAUUGGCCCAGGCGGAGGCCCCCCACCGCGCCUCGAGGACGAGUUCGUCCGAGCUCUUUUCGACUUUCCUGGUCAUGAUGAAGAGGAUCUCCCGUUUAGGAAGGGCGACAUUCUCCGAGUUCUAGAGAAACCAGAGGAGCAGUGGUGGAAUGCCCAGAACUCUGAAGGCCGGGCGGGGAUGAUCCCGGUGCCGUAUGUAGAGAAGUACCGACCGGCAUCUCCCAGUUCUGUGGCUGGUGCUGGCGUGCCCGGUGGGCCACUGGGAGGAGUUGGGAUGCUAGGGAACUCUGACAGCUCUGCAGCCCAGGCUGGCACUCCACUGCUGGGAGACCCUAGCCAGUACGCCCAACCCACCCCCCUUCCAAAUCUCCAAAAUGGACCUGUCUAUGCCAGGGCCAUACAGAAGAGGGUGCCCAAUGCCUACGACAAGACUGCCCUGGCCUUAGAGGUGGGCGACAUGGUGAAGGUGACCAAAAUAAACGUGAACGGCCAGUGGGAGGGCGAAUGUAAAGGCAAGCGUGGUCACUUUCCCUUCACACAUGUCAAACUGCUGGACCAGCACAACGCCGAGGACGAACUCAGCUGAGAGCGGACAGCCGGCCCACAACCUGGACACUAGUAUUAGACCCUUUCCUUUCUUCCCAUUCAACAGUCAGCCGCUGACCCUCCCUCACGUCUGCUCCAGCUUUUACCUGCACCAAGUACAGUUUCAGAGAAUCACUGAGAACCUCUUGUAAGACACACACCUUCUGUGUCCACACCUCUGAAUAAUCAUGCCCGCCAUAUUCCACCAUCCACUCUGACUGACAUGAAAGGGUCACAUACUGAUAUACAGUGGAGCUGUAAACUGAAUCUCUUGUUCCAUAGAAGUGGCAACACCCUGCAGAUCCUCCCGUCGUCACGUCCCUGCCAUGGACAAGUUAUCAACACUCACUCCACAGGAGACUCCUCGCCACAGAGUUCAACCACUUCCUCUUCCUGUGUUGGAGCCAGUAGAUACUGCUCAGCGCUGUGUCAUUUUUCAUCCUCACCCUCGUCUGUCACCAUGGUUACAGUGCUGUAGGAUCACUUAUGCUGCAUUCAUGUCCGAUGGGAAUACAGUAACAAGGAGGAGUAACAGCACAGUUUUUAUGUUUUCUCUUUUUUUCUUUUUUUUUAAAUCAAUUAGGUGCCAUUUUUUUAGAAACUUUGUUUAAAGGUGCAAUAGAAGAAUUUUAGGUUAAAUCAGUCAAAUAUGUAAUUAAAAUUGUCAACAGGGUGUGAAGAAACAUCAGCUUCCGUGUAAUGUUGUGUACUAGCUCUGUUAGCAACACCAACACAUGGCUCCCCCAAACUCCCAGCACAGAAUACUAGCUGGUAACUGACCAGCUAACAGCUGCUGCAGUUAGUUGCAGUUUUGCAGUUAGGUAUUACCAUGUUGGUAUGCUGCCUCCUAUUGGUUUGGGGUAUACAUAAACAGGGGAUUCAUUCUUGCAAAUAGCACCCCAAGGAGUAUUUUUUCUUCUUUUUCCAAGAGUAAGAUGCGAGUGACACCUCCUCUCAUGUCUAUAUGAAGCUACCACCAGUAGCUGUGUUUUAGCUCUGCGUAACAUAAAGACUAGAAGCAGGGAGGGAGAACUGUUAGCUUGGCUCUGUGGUAAGGUAACAAAAUCCAUCUACCAGCACCUUUUAAAGUGAACUAAUUUAAACAUAUCUUGUUGGUUAAAUCCUUGCCAAGAACAAGUCCAGCACAUAACCCCUCUGCUAGCUGUAACUCUGCUGGUAGAUGGACACAUUUACAUUUGGACGGCACUAAGCUACCAUUUCCUCCUACCUCCAGGCUUUAUGUAAAGUUAAACUAUUACCUGCAGGCAGUAACUUCAUAUUGGGCAAACCAACAUGAGAAUCACACGUAUUUUGUCAUUAUCUCGGCAAGAAACCUUUUCUUCAUUCUUUGAAUUCUGAUCUGUUUGUUUCACACUUCCAGUACAGGUGUAUGCAAAGUAAUGAGUUUGGAAAAUCAAAGUUGCAUUAUCAGCCACACAGACUAUAUACGAUAUGUUAUUCUCUCAAACCUGCCAUGGCAGCAUUAUUUCUUUAUUGCAUUUGCCCCCAUUUUUCCAGACUUGUAUCUUGUUGGUGUUUAUGUCUUCAGUCAGGAAAUUAAAGACAUACAAGUCAUAAUGCUAAUGUUUGAUUUUAAAAUAUUGUUGAAGGGAACUGUAGGAAUAUAGACUUAAUCUUUACAUCUCCAAACAGACAGAACAAAAUUCCCUAGCAGUGUUUACUGCUGACUGAAGUGGGGGCCUCUUUUGAAGUCUAAAAUUAUUCAUCUACUGUUGUUAUUGGACAUGAAUGCAGCAUAAUUUUGGGGUUAGCCAAGACUGAGAAGUGAGAGGAUUGAGGCUAAAAUACAGCUGCAGCAUUUUAUCAUAGAAUUAAAUGAAAGCACCAUGUCAACUGGAGGUGAACUGUUCCCCCUCAAGGAGCAGACCAAAGACCAGUCCAGCACCCGACCCCCGUACCAAAUAUCAAGUGGAGAAAACAAAACUGAUCAAGACCAGCAGCUAGGAGCGACUUCAUGUAGAUAUAGCCGUAGAGCAGGCACGAGCAGUGAAUCUGAAACACUUCAAGACUAAUGUUGAGGGUGGAGAUAAAGGCAACACUACAUUCAACCUCUCCUCACCUCAGCCCAUCCACCCAUCUACUACGACCAAGUACCACCAAGUAGUCUUUUGUAAGAAACAAAAGAACAUAUUGUUAUGAAAUGAUGUACUAUGUGAUUGAUUAUCAUUACAUGCUAAACUAUUGUUUUUUUGUUCUCUCUGUAGUUUUUGUCAUAGCUGAUUUUGUCUGGGAGGAAACAUUUUCAGUGUACACUUUUUACUGCUCCAUGGGAGGGCGUGAUGGGUCACUUGUGCAAAACCGAUAAAUUGACUCCAGCCCUCACAAGGCCACAUCUCAUUCUGGGUCUGAUGUAUAUGAAUGAAGUUUAACAGAGUGAAUGUAGGCUGUCCACCAUGUUAGUUAGUAAUGUCUUCUCAUGUUAGUGCUCUGCAUUCAGCUCACUGAAUAUACAUUAGCAAAACAGACUGCUCUGUGUUUACAUCUCGUCAAUUGUGUCGAAGAAAAGAGAAAGUGGUAUUGUUGGUACCUGCCCUUUUGAUUUUAAUAAUCUCAUCGCCACCUUGCACCAUUUCGUUAUUUUAAUCCUCUGGUUAAUCAGCCUGCCUUUCAUUUGUGCUUCCUCUCUUAAUCCUCUGCCAUUCUUUUAUUUAAAGCCUUGACCAUUUAUGAUGCACAAGCCCACACAGAUUUUUUGUUACUGUUUUUUCUCUACCUUCUGCCAAAAGAUCAGGAAUAACAGCAAAUUACGUUGUAGUCAUGAUUGCCCUCCCCCCAAGAGGUUGUUUUCUGUGGAGUUUGAAUCAAUCUAUUUGUUGACACCUGACAAUCAUCACCAUUGUGUAUCAUAGUGCAAACUGGUUUGAACUGAAGCAGGCUGGGUGUGUAGUUUAGAUCUUUACCAGAGUAAACCUGAGCUGUGAGAACUCCUUGUCUCUUCCUCUCAGAUGUCCUGGUUCAAUAUUUCUGGCUAGCACACUAUGUCACCUUUAGGUGGCACUAAAACAGCAUUCCGCGAGAUGGUCCCCUUCUGGAAAGCACAUUCUGCCAGUGCUUGUGAGAUUGAAGGAGAUGAAAUUUGAUUUUUCACAGAAUGCACUGACUGCUUUUACACUGAGUCUGCAUUGAUAAAUGUGCUCCUUUUUAGGUUUUUUAAUUAUCUUUGAUAUUAGUUUCCAUGACGUAAUAGCUUUGCCUGUCAAGCUCUGCCCUGCUUUCAUAUAUCAUUUUCAAGUUGGCCAUUUUCCAAACCCAAGAGAAGAUAAUAACUUAAAAAAUAUUGGGUUGAUUUCUUAAAAGAACCUGGUCUAAGAAAGUAACAUUUUUGUUAUCUGCCAGCUUUUGACAGUCCAUUUUUAUAUGUGUACUUAUGAUCAAAUCAAGCUUCUUUGUCAUUCACACUGCGCAUGACAGGUGCUUAGCCACAGAAAUCAUUAUUUUAUAAAUUGUGUUGCCAAUGAAACCACCAAGAAGUAUUUUUUUAAGUCGCCCUGCAUGAAGUCAUUCAUUUCCUUUCAUAAAAAGGAAGCGGUGGCGAAAUGCCAGUGGAAAUUGUGUUAAUAUCAAAAUGUGCCAUUUUAUUAUAACACUAUAUUCUUUCAAGACAAUUGAAUUAUCUUUUUAUUUUCUGUAGCAUGUAAUGUGUUAAUAUACUAGCAAAUAAACUCAAACUCAUGACAAAAUUA